AUGGCCGGGGGAGACCGACGCGGGAGCCUGGCCCCGUCGUCGUCGGGGUCGGGGUCGGGGAGGUGGAAGCCGGAGCACGAGCGGUGGCCGCGGAGCUCGGCGUGGUCGCGCCCGUUGGCCGACAGUGGCGGAGGCCGUCGCCGCAGAAGCAGCUCCUCCUCCUCCUCGUCCUUGAGGUCCCUGUUCCGUUCCAUCGGGGUGUGGUUCAGCUCGCUCUCCACCGCGUCGUCGUCGUCGUCCGCGUCCGCGUCCAUGAAGCGGAGGAGCAGGGACGCCGCGCUGGCGGGUGACGCCGGGGCCAAGAAGCCGCCUUUGCCGGGGUACGCCGGGACGAAGACCUCUGCGCGCGGGCUGUGCAGCGGCGGUGGCCACGCCAGCGGCAGGGAGCACCGGCCGUCGUUCCAGAGCUCCGUCUUCUCCAUCGAGGUGAUCCUCACCGCCACCAACAACUUCUCGCCGGCGCUCAAGAUCGGGCAGGGUGGCUUCGGCGCCGUCUACAAGGGCGUCCUCCCCGACGGCACCGUCGUCGCCGUCAAGCGCGCCAUGCUGUGCGGCGAGGAGCGCAUCGUCGUCGUCGAGUACGUCCCCAACGGCACCCUCCGGGAGCACCUCGACAGGUGCAACGGGCGGUUCCUGGACUUUGGGACGCAGCUGGACAUCGCCAUCGACGUCGCGCACGCCGUCACGUACCUGCACAUGUACUCCGACCACCCCAUCAUCCACCGCGACAUCAAGUUCUCCAACAUCCUCCUCACCGACUCGCUGCGCGCCAAGGUGGCCGACUUCGGCUUCGCCCGCCUUGGCGCCGGCCUGGGCGCCGGCGCCGGCGGGGAGGCCACGCACGUCACCACCCAGGUGAAGGGCACGGCGGGGUACCUGGACCCGGAGUACCUCAAGACGUGCCAGCUCACGGACCGCAGCGACGUCUACUCCUUCGGCGUGCUCCUCGUGGAGCUCGCCUCGGCGCGCCGCCCCAUCGAGAUCAAGCGCGAGUUGAAGGAGCGCCUCACCGCGCGCUGGGCCAUGGGCAGGUUCAUCGGCGGCGCCUCCGCCGAUGUGCUGGACCCGCACCUCGCCCGCACGCCCGCCGUGGAACGCGCGCUGGAGAUGGUGCUGGAGCUCGCGUUCCGGUGCAUGGGCCCCGUCCGACAGGACAGGCCCGCCAUGAGCGACUGCUGCAGCGCGCUAUGGGCCAUCAGGAAGACGUACCGGGACAUGCUCGCCGCCGACGCCACGCUGCAGUUCUCCGACCGAGCCGUUCCGUGGCUAAAAAAAGUCUGUUCCGGCUGAAAUGGCGUAAGAGAAACGUACUGUUUCGGCUGGAAAAAAAGAAGUCGAACAAGCCAGAUAUGGGGUAAGCCGAACGGGGCCAGUAGCGGCGACCUCUGGAGGAUCUGA